UGAAUAAGUAGAAGCACUUCUCGAAUUACUGUCUCAUUGUCUUUGGACUUUGCUGGACGGUGUUCUUCUUUCGGUUAUCUUGUUUGAUCUACAGCAGGCAGAAUGAGGGAGAUCGUUCAUUUGCAGGCAGGACAGUGUGGCAACCAAAUUGGUGCCAAGUUCUGGGAAGUGAUCAGUGACGAGCAUGGUAUUGACCCAACGGGCAGUUACCAUGGCGACAGUGAUCUUCAGCUGGACAGAAUUAACGUGUACUACAAUGAGGCCACAGGUGGAAAGUAUGUUCCACGUGCUGUGCUGGUGGAUUUGGAGCCAGGAACCAUGGACUCCGUGAGGUCUGGACCUUUUGGGCAAAUCUUCAGGCCUGACAACUUUGUGUUUGGUCAGAGUGGUGCUGGUAACAACUGGGCCAAGGGCCACUAUACAGAGGGAGCAGAGCUGGUGGACUCUGUUCUUGAUGUAGUUCGCAAGGAGGCUGAAAGCUGUGACUGCCUGCAGGGCUUCCAGCUCACCCACUCGCUGGGUGGUGGCACCGGGUCUGGCAUGGGCACCCUCCUCAUCAGCAAGAUCCGUGAGGAGUACCCUGACCGCAUCAUGAACACCUUCAGUGUUGUGCCAUCCCCCAAAGUCUCAGACACAGUGGUGGAACCCUACAACGCCACACUGUCAGUCCAUCAAUUGGUAGAAAACACAGAUGAAACGUACUGCAUCGACAAUGAAGCACUGUAUGAUAUCUGCUUCCGCACGCUCAAACUCACAACACCCACAUAUGGUGACCUCAACCAUCUUGUCUCUGCUACCAUGAGUGGUGUCACAACCUGCCUGAGGUUCCCUGGUCAGCUGAAUGCUGACCUACGCAAACUGGCCGUUAACAUGGUGCCAUUCCCCCGUCUGCACUUCUUCAUGCCCGGCUUUGCCCCGCUCACCAGUAGGGGUAGCCAGCAGUACCGCGCCCUCACUGUUCCAGAGCUCACGCAGCAGAUGUUUGAUGCCAAAAACAUGAUGGCUGCCUGCGAUCCACGACAUGGCCGUUACCUCACUGUCGCCGCCGUUUUCCGUGGCAGAAUGUCCAUGAAGGAGGUGGAUGAGCAGAUGCUGAACGUGCAGAACAAGAACAGCAGCUACUUUGUUGAGUGGAUCCCAAACAAUGUCAAGACUGCCGUCUGUGACAUUCCACCCCGUGGCCUCAAGAUGGCUGCCACCUUCAUCGGCAACAGCACAGCCAUCCAGGAGCUGUUCAAGCGCAUUUCUGAGCAGUUCACAGCCAUGUUCAGGCGCAAGGCUUUCCUGCACUGGUACACAGGAGAGGGCAUGGAUGAGAUGGAGUUCACAGAAGCUGAGAGCAACAUGAACGACCUGGUGUCUGAGUACCAGCAAUACCAGGAUGCCACCGCAGAAGAGGAAGGAGAGUUUGAGGAGGAGGGAGAGGAGGAGCUGGCUUAAAUUAAUCUGUCGGUCAUUUCUCUUUGUAUGUUUUUCCGUUCAGAACUUUCCUUUUGUCACUUUCUUACUGUUUGUCACCUGCAUUCUGGGUUGUACCUUAUACUAUCAAUAAAAUAUGCAGUUAAUGAUGA